GGGAGGAGGGAUGGCGCGUCCUGGCAUAACUUUCCCUCCCUGAGCUUCGCUUCCGCAAUUAUAAACUGGGGAUAAUAGUAGCAGCUACGUGCUACUGGUGAGGAUUAAACGAGAUCGAGCUGGCUACAGAUUUAGCAAAAGGGCUGGAGGAUAAUGAGGCUAUUGAGUAUUAGCCAAUUACUUUUAGGUUUUCAGUAAUUGCCCAUUGAAUAGAAUCAGGAAUGCAUAAGGUGUGAUCUUUAAGUGGUAAGUAACCAAAGAAGGGCAAUAAGUAAAUGAAAUCUCUUUGGAAAGUCCCCUCACACGGUAACUGAAGACCCCUGUAAAAGAAGUCACGGUGAAUGGCUAACGGUGGAGUACUACAUUUCCCAGAAAUCUCUAGGAGCCUACAACUCCCAAGGACCCCUUAGCCGCUGUCGUCUCCCGGAAAAGUGCACGUGCGGACAGCCGGCAUACGCCAUGGCGGCCAGAUGCCUCUUCGGGGCUACGCGGACCUGGGCCAGCUGGUCGGCCCGGGAGCUCCCGGUCCCUGUCGAGCCUGGAAGACUCCUUGUACGGGGUUACGCCAAGAGACCGGUCAUGAAGGGGGGCAAAGGAGGCAAAGGUGGUGUGGUCAGCGAGGCCCUGAAGGACCCAGACGUAUGUACGGACCCUGUCCGACUCACCACUCAUGCCAUGGGCGUCAACAUCUACAAGGAGGGCCAGGACGUGGUCCUGAAGCCAGACGAGGAGUACCCUGAGUGGCUGUUCCAGAUGAACGUGGGCCCCCCCAAGAAGCUGGAGGAGCUGGACCCCGAGACCCGGGAGUACUGGCGGCUGCUGCGGAAACACAACAUCUGGCGUCACAACCGAUUGAGCAAGAACCGGAAGUUCUAGCAGGGGAAGGCCCCGGGGCCGCCCUGACCCAUCAGGGACCUCACCAGGCCCUGCAGGAGGACCCCGGAGGCACACAGCGCCUUCCCCAUCCUGCCCCCACAGAAGACUCUAUCUGCCUGGAGAAAAGAGUUUUCUGAGAACAGAGGAGGCCCCUCACCUGGUGCCUGGUUGGUCCCCAGAGUGAGUCUGGACCAGGGCCCUGGGGGUCCUCGCGGGCCCUGGGUGCUGCUGGGUGCCCUCUGCUGCCGGAGCCGGGAGGGAGGCUGGGGCGGGGUGGGGGGGGGGGGCGACUCAGGCCCCGUGGUUCCGUGGCUGCAGCCUCCCCCUGGGCAGUUGCUGUCCAUCUUCGGGAUUUCUCACGCCACCCAAGAGGCCCCAGCUCGUCUUCCAGGAGGAGGUGUUUUUAGACCCACCUCUCUUGGUUGCAAGGGACUCAACCCUUCUCCGUGCCACCCGGACCGUAAGCGUCUUUGUGGCCUUCGGAAGCCGAAGUGUCUGGGGCGGGCUCGGCCCUGAGGCAUGCUGGCCUCGGGGACUUCAGUGUCCAGGUGUGUGGCUCUGUCUCUGGGUCCUUGUAGCCCCAGGGACUAGUUCUCUUGGACAAGUGUGGCCCCAGGACUCCCGGCUGAAGCCCCCUACCUAGUUUAGCAAGCCCAGCCAGAGGGAAGGGACUUGGUUUUCCUUCUUUGGCCAGAGUCAUGUGUCGUCUGCAUGGGCCGGUCAUUUGAAAUAGCCCGGGGACCUGGGCCUCACCACCAUCCUCCCGUCCACCCGUCUGGUACCCGGGUCUCGGUCUCCCCCACCCCCUCCCUCACCUUCACCCCCGCAGGAGACGCAUCCCGGAAUCUUGCAUUAAGACCCUGCGAACCUGACCCACAGACCUGAGUGAGAACCCCGGCUCCCAGCAGUCCUAACUCCUGCCCUGCCUGGGACCCAGGGCUGAGGCUGGGGCUUGCAGGGGGUGGAGUGGGGGAUGGGAUGAGGGCACCCCCUGGGGGCCGGACCAGGGGCCCUCGGGGCUCCUCUGCUUGUGUGGCUGGGUGGGCGGGGCUGGGGACUAAUUCCGUCUAGUCCCAGGAAAAUGGGAGUCCUCAUCCUCUUAGGAAGACUCUGCCCAAGCAGAUUACUUGCCCUCCCCGUGGCCCGCCCAGAGCAGGCGGAGGGUCCCAACCCUCCCGUGGAUCCCCUUGGCUCUCGGUGUGAAAACAAAGGUGUAACGGCUACAAGGCCUUGCCACACCUGCCUCCUGUCACCUCCCUGCGGGCACCUCGCUGCUCCAGCCACAGGGGCCUCCUGGUGGUUCCUCCCUCGUGCCAACCCCGGUCCUGCCCCAGAGCCUUUGCGUGUGCUGUUCCCGCUGCCUGGGUGGCUCCCCCCCCCCCAAGGUGUUCCCAUGGCUCCCUCUUUUACCUCCUCCAGUUCCGUGAUGUCACGUCUGAGCGGCUCCCCGACCGCCCUGUCCAAUUACAGUUGCUGCAUGCACUCGA